AUGGAAACUAUAGAACCAAGUGUAUUAGUUACCGAUAAAGUUCAGUUGUUCAAUUGUAUUCAUUUAAGGUCGAAAAAAUUCAUUGCUUCCAGCGCUCUAUUAGUGCUCUUCAUCACCGAAAAGCUGAAAAAAGAUGAAAAUGUUGCAACUACACAAUUUCAUGCGUUCACAAUGUUGGUGUAUUUUGCAAACAUAUUCGGUGGCAUCCUAAGUGAUAAUUGGCUGGGAAAAUUUAAAACAAUGUUUUACUUGUUGUUGAUCUAUUGCACUGGUAUUAUUGUGUUGGAUGUUGCUGCGUUUCCAACUAUUGGUAUUUCACGUGAAAAUCUUUCGUACAUCGGUUUGUUACUUAUGGCUUUUGGCGCAGGUGGUAUUGUUCCAUGCGAAUCGGCAUUUGUUGGCGAUCAAUUCAAACUUCCCGAACAGGCUAACUAUAUGACAAAGUUUUUUUCCAUUUAUUAUGCAAUCAUAAAUGCUGCUGCAUUGGUUUCAAUGACCGUUACACCAAUGUUGCGAGCAAAAUUUAAAUGCUUUGGAGAUGAUGAUUGCUAUUCGCUUGCAUUUGGAGUAUCCGUCAGUUUUUUGAUCACAGGAAUUGUUUUAUUCUUAUCUGGUAAAAAGUGGUACACAAAAAAUAAAGCAUCUGGAAAUUCAAUGUUUCAAGUCUUCAAAUGUAUAACG